GACAUAGCUGACGCGCGAGAUAGUUGUCAAACUCGCUUGUGUCAUUGUCACAGGAAUUGUUUGCCCGUGCACAUUUAUUAUUAUUUGGGUAAAAUGAAUAUUCUUCCAAAGAAAAGAUGGCACGUCAGAACAAAGGAAAAUAUAGCCAGAGUACGCAAAGAUGAGGCUGAAGCUGCAGAAAAAGAAAAACAGGAAAAAUUAAGGGUUGAAAGAGCAGACAGAGAAGCACGGCUACAAGUGUUGAAACAAAAAAGUAGACAAAAGUUACAAGAAUUUGGCAUUGACGAUGAACCAAAAUCUAAGAAAGAAGAAACUACUGAACAUAUUAACUUAUUCACAAAUCUUGAAGAUGCUAUAAAAACCACAAAUAAAGAUCAUGAUAAUGAUGUAAAGGAAAAAAAGGAAGAGUAUGAGAAAAAAAUUGGUUACUUAACUUAUCUCGGUCAGGAUACAAAUGAGGCCCUGGGCAAAAAGAAUUGGUAUGAGGUGCCACCAGAGACAGCUAGAGGCUCCAGGUCUACUGAUAUAAAAGACACUUAUGACAAGUUGGUAUUGAAAGAUGCGGAUGGCAAACCCAAAAUAAAAGAGUCAGAUGAAAAAAAUGGAGAAAUUGGCUGGAAGAAGAAACAAAUGCUUGAUCCCAUGAAUGCAUUCAAACAUCUUCAUGAUUAUUCUUAUAAAGACAAAAAGAAAACAGUGACAAAAGAUGUUACCGAAAAGAGAAGUAAACAUAAAAAGAAAGAGAAAAAACAUAAAAAAGAAGACAAAGAUGCAAAAUUGCAGAAACUAAGAGAGGCUCGUCUAAAACGUGAACAGCAAGAAAGACAUAGAACAGAGUUGUUUCUUAAAGGACUUCAUAAUCCUUCUAAACCAGAAACUGUACAAGAUACUGGAAUUAAGCCAAAAUAUAAUUCACAAUUUAAUCCAGAAUUAGCACGACAAAAUUAUAGAUAAUUAUAUU